CGUUAAGUACGUAGCAAGCACUAACCCUACCGACGAUUCAUUACGUCGUGGGUGCCACAAAGCAAUUAACUCCCGGUCCAUCGGCCACCGAUAAUCCGUAAAUACUUGCUCGCAUCCCUCCGGUGCCGAACUUCUCUGAAUGGCGACAUCCCUUGCAGCUCGGCCUCGCAUCUCUCGACAACUCCGUGCUUGGCGGCGGCUUGUUUCAAAAAAAAAAAAGGUCGACUUUUGCCGAGCUCUCACUGGAUAUUAAGAGUCUUCAUCGAGCAGCGUUGCAGUCCAGUUCGAGGUUUGGUUUAGUCUUCGUGUUUAAAAUUUGGUUCCCCUUCGAUCAAGUAAGCUCCCACGCUCGCCAUGAAGAUCGCCAUCGUAGGAUGUGGCCUCGCGGGCAUGUCAACUUAUCUUGCACUGCGGAAAUUCCUUCCAGGUGACCACGAUGUCACCAUUUACGAAUCACGCACACCCCCGCCCGACCAAGAUAUACCAUCCGAGAAACUCGACACCGCCGAUGUGCCUGCACCACAAGGCGGUUGUAUCGGAAUCCCCGCGAACGGAAUGCGCGUCCUACACAACCUCGACCCUGCCGUUCAUGCAACCAUGCAAGAGCGCGGGUAUGCGUACGAGACGGUCAGGUUGAGGAGCUCGACUGGCUGGGACCUUACCGUGAAGCGGAGAACCCAGCGAGAGGGCGACGUGACCAUGAUGAUGGCCAGGCAGGCGACGUGGCGCACCCUCAGGGAGGCGAUACCUGACGACCAUGUCGUGAUCCGCAAGGUUGCAAAAGUCACGAAGAGGGGCCAGUCAGGCAACACGAAGCCGGUGAUCUCGUUCGCAGACGGCGGCUCGGCGGACUUUGAUCUGGUAAUUGGAGCAGACGGCGUGCACAGUACCGUGCGGAAGCACCUCUUCAGUGGUCACAGCGUGGAUGUUGCCGCAGUGUUUUCAAAACGGUGUGGAAUCUGGGGUUUCAUUCCCAUGCGCAUUCCGGAGGAAGUGACCAGCACUAAAUCGGUGGUCAUUGUCAUGGGCGACAACGCAUCCAUGGGUUACAGUGCCUACCGUCCCACAGAGGACGACUCACUUACGUGGUGGUCUCUAUACGAUACGGACGAGCCGCCCAGCCGCAAGGAGGUACCUCGAGAGUUUGUAUCCGCGAUACUCCAGGACAUGUAUGGGGAUUGGGAGGAAGAAAACGUCCGGGGAGUGUUGCAGAAAGCCUCGGCACCCUUCAUCUACCCCGUCUGGACGGUUCCCGAACUGCCUACAUGGGGCGAUGGCGGAGUCGUGCUUGUCGGGGAUGCGGCUCACGCCAUGACUCCCGACAUUGGCCAAGGCACGAGCCAGGCAUUCGAGGAUUCGGAAGCGCUCGGCAUGCUACUCGGGCGUGCGCUCCAGGAGGGCGGCAUUGCCGUGGACGCCGCCGUUGAUUUGGCCGUGAGGGGCCUCUACGAGUGUCGACUGCCGCGCCUGUCCAAGAUCAAGUCUCUCAACGCUCAAGCUCGAUCGAAAGGUGUGAAGCGAAGCAUCUGGAUUCAAAGGCUGGUGUUCUUUUGUAUCUGGAUAACGUCAAGAUUCACUUGGUUACCUAACCUCAUAAAUGGCAACGAUCGUGAAGCGGAAGAUAUCCUCUAUGGUUGGGAUGGAGACAUGGAGACAAGGAAGGUGGUUGAGAAGUUGUUACCGCUGUUGUGAACUUUGUUAGCUGUACAAGAGAUAGUAUUGUUUAGGAGUGUUUGUGUGCUCAUUAUUUUGAUCUCAAUGUUAUUGUAUUCUUGCUUUAAGAACA